CUUGUUCUUACCUUCACGUUGGUUUUUAUGAAAGUUCACUGUGGAUAAAUAAUUGAUGAUUUGUAAAUUAAUUCAUUAUAGUGCAAGAGAAAACCUCGUAAAAUUUUGUUAGUCGCAUUUUAGUUAUAGCCAGACAAUGGAGGUUGAAAUCGUGAACGCAACCGGUGCCAAAGUAUUUGGAAAAUGCAGUGUAUCUCCAUCAACCACUAUAAAAGACUUGAAGAAAGAAGUCCAAAGGUUAAACAAAGCCCUUCCGCCGAAUCGACAGUCGUUAAGGCUAGAACCAAAAGGAAAAGCUGUCAAAGAUGACGAUACCUUACAAAGCUUGGGUGUAAAAUCAGGAAACAAAUUAUAUGUUAAAGAUUUAGGCCCACAAAUUGGUUGGAAAACUGUAUUUUUAGUAGAAUAUGCAGGUCCCUUGGUUGUGUAUUUAUGGUUAUAUCAAAGACCAUGGAUAUUUUAUGGAGAGCAAACUAUUUCGACUAUGAGCACUUGUGCACAUAUUGCUGCUGGAUGUUGGACAGUUCACUAUGCCAAGAGAAUUUUUGAAACAUUGUUCAUUCACAGAUUUUCACAUGCAACAAUGCCGUUACGCAAUUUAUUUAAAAACUGUUCAUAUUAUUGGCUAUUUGCAAUGUAUGUUGCAUAUCAUGUCAAUCAUCCACUCUUUACUAGCCCGUGCAUGUAUCAAGUAUAUACUGGAUUGGGUUUGUUUACGGUUUGUGAAUUAGGCAAUCUAUCUAUACAUUGGGCGUUGAGAAAUUUAAGACCAGCAGGAUCAACUGUGCGUAAGAUUCCUGUUGCUACAAAUAACCCACUUACUUCACUUUUUAACUUUGUUUCUUGUCCUAAUUACACAUAUGAAUUUGGAGCUUGGUUUGCGUUUACCAUAAUGACACAGUGCUUGCCUGCUGGUUUAUUUGCAUUAGCAGGCAUGUACCAAAUGACAGUGUGGGCUCUCGGCAAACACAGAAAUUAUAAGAAAGAAUUUCCAAAUUAUCCUAAGAGUCGCAAGGCUAUAUUGCCAUUUUUGUUAUAAAUUUUUUCAUAGAAUAUUUGCGAACAUUAAUUAUACUCUAAGGGAAUUGAUAAAAUGACUUAAUUUUCAAUUAUUUUGCAUUUGGGUGAUGCUAAUAAUAAUAUGAACUUAGUAAUAUUAAGAGAUGAUAGCAAUUAAGUUUUACUAUAUUUACUAUACUUUUGUUGAUUUUUUAUUGUUCAAGGUAAUUUUGUAAUAUAAAUGUGUUGUUAUAGAAAAUGUGAAUGCAUUUAUAAUGUGUUACCUUGACCAAAGGUGAACUGUGGGAUAUAGUGGUUUUGUUUGUAUUAGUAUUCUCAAUCUGUUGUGAAUAUAUGAUAUUAAGGAAUGUGGUAUGUAUGUGC